AUGGCUACUUGGAAACGGGACGGCCGGCUGACCGGCAGCCAGCGGCUGCUAUGCGCGGGGCUGGCGGGGGCGCUGAGCCUCAGCCUCACCGCACCCCUGGAGCUCGCCACCGUGCUGGCCCAGGUCGGCGUCUUGCGAGGUCCCAGCAGGGGGCCUUGGGCCGCCGCACGACGAGUGUGGCUGGCCGAGGGGCCCCGGGCCCUAUGGAAGGGGAACGCGGUGGCGUGCUUGCGCCUCUUCCCCUGCAGCGUCGUGCAGCUCGCCGCCUACCGAAAGUUUGUUGUGCUGUUCAUGGAUGACCUGGGCCAUAUUUCCCAGUGGAGCUCCAUUGUGGCUGGGAGUCUCGCAGGCAUGGUUUCCACCAUUGUGACAUAUCCUACUGACCUCAUCAAAACCCGGUUGAUUGUGCAGAACAUGCUGGAACCAUCUUACAGGGGGCUCAUCCAUGCUUUUUCUACUAUUUAUCAACAGGAAGGGUUCCUGGCCCUUUACCGAGGGGUGUCCCUCACUGUUUUAGGUGCUCUCCCAUUCUCUGCUGGCUCCCUUCUGGUGUACAUGAACCUGGAGAAAAUGUGGAAUGGACCCCGAGACCGCUUCUCUCCCCUGCAGAACUUUGCCAAUGUCUGUGUGACUGCUGCAGUAAGCCAGACCCUCUCCUUUCCCUUUGACACUGUGAAGAGAAAGAUGCAGGCUCAGAGUUCCUAUCUUCCUUACUGUGGAGGAGUAGAUGUCCAUUUCUCAGGAGCACUGGACUGCUUCCGGCAGAUAGUAAAAGCUCAAGGGAUACUGGGGCUCUGGAAUGGAUUGACAGCCAACUUACUAAAGGUAGUUCCAUAUUUUGGAGUUAUGUUUAGCAUGUUUGAGUUCUGCAAGAGAAUUUUUCUUUACCAAAAUGGUUACAUCCUGUCUCCUCUGACCUAUAAAUUGACCCCAGGGGUGGACCAGAGUUUGAAGCCCCAAGAAUUACGGGAAAUAAGGAAGUUCUUCAAGACUAGAAAGCUGAAGUCUAAAAAACCAACUCUGUAAAUCGGAACGGAACUAGAAGCACAUUGGCUGAAGGCAUGCAACAACCACAGAUCAAUGUGGCCUUGUAACAGAGUAAUGAGAGGGUGCUCCCGUCUGCUGCCUUUGGAAAUGAAACCACUUGGCCACCCAGCACCUCAGCCCCAAAUUGCCCCUAUCAGCACCUGUGCCAUGACACAUUUUCCAACACUGCUCGAUCAUGGUGGCAUACCACCCGAUUUUACAACCAAAGUUUAGCAGUAAUAAAAAGUACAGUUAACCCUCUGAAGAGAAACACACUGAAAAAGGCCAGGGACACAAUGCUUCAAAUCAAUAUGUAAUUGAAGUGGCAGAGCAGAGACCAUGUCAUGGGCUCAGCCACAGGGACAUGCCAAGUCUAUGCAGAAUGGACCAAGUUUCACUAAGUUUGACCUGUGGCCUCCCCAUACAGAGUUAAGCUUUGGUGCCUUCUGAGAGCACAUGCCACAGUGUAGAUUAGAUCUUGUCAAAACCAAAUAAAAAUGUUUUGUUUUGUUUU